CUAGUGCGUCGUGCCAAAUGAGCUAGUGCCAAGCGAAGCACCAUUGCUCCACCGCACUCGAGGUUGCUGCAGGUGCGUAGGUCCACGAAGCGUUUUCACGCGGAUUUCAAGCUGGACCUCUUCGGGCCCAAGGCGUUCGGGACCUAUGGCGAGCACUUUUCCGCUUGGGUUCCUUCCUCGGCGAAAAAGUCGGAAUCGCCCUCGCAGUCCGUAUCGGGACUGAGGUCCAGGCGAUCGGAGUCCAACAAGGUGCUGCAGGAUCGAACCAAUCGGGCCAGAGAACCGAAGGCGCCGCCAGUUUAUUAUGCCAGCGAUAGACCCAUCAUGAAAGCGAAGCUGCUACUGGGGCCUUCUAAUGGCGGAAACCACCGCAGGUGUAGCAGCGUUAGCAAUAGACGGGCGCAACUGAAAGUCCUUCUAGAACCGAUCAGGGAAGAACAUCCGCUUCUGCUGCAACAACAUCAGGUCGUUCCGGUGCAGCUGCGAUGCGCUCAGACACGAAAAUGCAACAACAUACUACGACCGGACUUUUUGAAUUGGAGCGAGCGCAUGAUUAAAAAGCUUUCUCCUCGGAUAUGUAGGACGUCAUCGACGCUGCGUUUCUUCGCUCGAAUCAAAGACAAGUGCAGACGCCAGUCGACGUAGAUGUGAGAGAUUUUCUGAUGCAUCACUAUCAUCAUAGCUUAUGUAGGCAGCGGCCGGUCCUAUCAAUGACCAUGAAUUAACAGAGGUCGACAGACAACGAAGACGAACGAGACCAGAGAUAUAAUUGUGCCGGAGGUGGAAACCUGACGGAGCAGACAAAGAUGGAUGGCUUGACGAUAUCUGUCUUCCCCAAAUUUGGAGUGACGGACAAAAAUGCAGCACUUGUAUGUAUAGGCUUACUUGCGUUGUUUCGUCACAAGCUUCAGCGAGAAAUGCAAGCUAUUUGUAAUCUUAUGCGAUCUCCAUGGUGCUACUGAGAGCAGUCAGUAACCCAACCUAUGAUGAUACAGAUUUGAGAUCUGUCCUUUGGUUGUAUUAUUUACUGUCCUUUAGAUCUAUCUACCGUGAAGUUCAACAUUUGCCGUGUAUAAAGAACAGCAGUCUCAUAUU